AUGCCUAAGACUUCGACGCAGGAGCGCAAUGACAUGGCGCGGUGUUUCUUUGCAUUCCUCGACAAGCACGACGGGGACCACGCCAUAAUGAGAGACCUACGUAAGUUCCUCCAAGGCAACCACGACUUUUCCCCGGCCGUCGACCGAAUGCCUAUGGACGAGUACGAGGAGCGGCUCAGACUUGUCUGCGCUCUCACGGCCGUGAUUGAGGUCAAAAGCUCUAUUGCUCCGACUCUGAGGGCUGCCGAGUUCUCGGCAUUCAUGGUUGCGCCCCUAGGACGACUGCGCACUAUGCUCCGCGCCGGUGACGUCGACUCGUUGCCCUACGACACUGCCCUUCAUGUUUUGACUGCCUUGCACAGCACGCAUAAUCUAUUGCGCGUUUUUCUCCGAGGCCCAGGCACUAUGGCACCAGCCACCAGUAGCCUGUCGGAUUCAACAUCGCCCAGGCCAAGAAAAAGGGCCCGUUCGGGCAGCAACCUGCGCUGGACCUCGAGACCCGGCAGCGGGGCGCCCUUGGAUCCAUCGCAAUUGCAGGCUCGUGCGCGUAGCAGGGCCGAGAGACAGCGCGCCUUCGUCCGCGACAAAGGGCUAUGUGUCAUCACCGGCACCUCGUACCCGCAAGUCUGUCACAUUGUGCCCUUUUCGUGGACUGAAAGCCAAAAGAACUGCGAUAUUUUGAAGGAAGUCAUACUUAUCCCUAAAGAUGUCAUAUGGAACGACGACGACUUGCCCUCAGAAGCUUGGACGGCGCUGUGGCGCGAGCCCGGCUCCUGCGAUAAGAGCUGGAAUAUGCUCUCCCUAAACCCGUUGUUGCACGUGUGGUGGGCGCGCUCGUUCUUCGGGCUCGAGUACCUAGGACGACUCCCCGCAGAAGAGGACGGCGACAAGGCGGGUGCCGUCAUCCCCGUCGAGUUGCGCUUCCGGUGGCUCCGACGACACCCGACCGCAAGGCCCGACAUGGUUAUCAACUUCGACGACGAGCGCGACUACGCCAACUGCUUCGUGUCGCGGCUCUACGACAGCCCAACGGACCCGGCCACGGCCGAGCGCUUCGUCGUGUCGGGCCAAAGCGUCCGCACAGGGCACACCAUCUGCGUCCGCGUCCCCGAGCCAGACGCCGACAAGUUCGUCGCGGCCGUCAAGGUCCAGUGGGCACUCACCCAGAUCGCCGCCAUGUGCGGCUUUGCCGAGACGUGCGACGACGACUACGACGACGACAACCCCCAAGCCCAGCGGGCCAGCGAAGCGAGGGUCUGCGAGUGGCUGCGCGACGUCCCGGCUGCCGGUGAUCCCUCACCUCGCCAGCCCGAGCCAAUGCCCCGAAAUCCCGAGCCCGCCGGUCCCGUGGAACGCCACGGCAACGUGCCCAAGCCGUCGGGCCGCCCUGGCGACCAAGGGAAAACCCGGCCAGGCGGGCCUGAUCCCUUCGGCUCCCCGACUCGCCCAGACACGGGCGACGGCGCCUCUGGCAAGCAGGCCGAGCGCUUCCCGACUGUGAGCCCGCAGCGUACGACUGGCGCGCGCGCAUCUGCAAGUGUCGGGCCGGAAAAUGUCCCCCCUUCAGCGCGCAAGGAGGAGAAGACGGAGGAGUAG